AUGUCAUUCAACACCAAUCUGCAGAGCAAGUUCUCUGGCAAAGUCCCUGAUCCCGUCCCUGAAUUUAACACUGAAUUCCCCCUCCACCCAGCCAUAGUCCACUUCCCCAUCGCCUUCAACAUGCUCGCAUGGGGCCUCGACAUCCUCUACGCCCUUACAACAACCUACAUCAAGCCCGACUUCCUCACCUCCCGCUUCUCCUCCGCCACCACCCUCCUCGACAUCACCCGUCUCGGCUACUUCAUGCUCUGCGCCGGCCUCCUUGCCACCAUCCCCGCCAUCAUGUCCGGCAACAAACAGCUCGUCGGCAUGAUCUCCAAGAACGGCGGGCCCUGGGAAAAAGACACCGAAGGAAAACAGAAGUCCACCAUGGUGCCCAGGAUAAAAGUCGCGAUUACGCAUGCUCUGGUCAACGAUACUAUUUUCCUGGUGAACCUGUAUUCGUGGUAUUGCAGACGGAGCACGGCGGAUCGAGUGAAUGUGGGGAAUGUGCCGAGCCAGAUGAACAUGAUUAUUAGUAUGGUGCUGUUGCCGUUUUUGAUGGGGAGUGCGAAGGCGGGUGGCACGUUGGUGUUCAACCAUGGUGUGGGUUUGAAUUUGGGACGGAAGAGCACAAAGGAGAUCAACAGGAAGCCGGGGAUGGAGUGCUUGAUUGACCGGGCAUAA